AUGGAAGACCAGAACAAGCUGAGUUUCCCAUUGACUGUCCUGCACAAGAUGUUAAAGCUGGCCCCAAAUAGUCCUCACUCCUACUAUAAACUGGAAGUGGUCGCUGCAGACUGUAACAGUGAGCUGUUAGGCUCAGAUCUGGUUGUUGCUCUGGGAUUUGACCUCUCUUCUAUGGAGAAAAGGUUACAGAGCCUGGAGAAAAGAAUCCUAACUGAAGCAGCAGAGACUCCUGUCAUUGUGUUUGAGAUUAAGAGACAGGUGGAGUCAUUCAGAGAGAAACUGGAGAGUGUUGAGCACCUGAGCUGGUUGGGAUUGUUUAAGAACAUGUCAGAAGGCACCCACAAGCCCUCCCCUUUCUACCAUAAAAGAACCCUGCGCAAGACCCGUGAGGAGUGUGAGCACGUCAGGGAAAAGUUCCUCCAAAUGAGUCCUCUGGAGGUUUCUGAAGAGGUGAGACAGUAUCUUAAAACACCAACCUUUGAUAACUGGCAAUGGGAGGACGCUGAGAUCAUGGUGCUGCUCCAGGUGAUGUACACAGAUCUGGACUUCAUCUCCACCUUCAACAUUGAGCUGGACGUGCUGCAGCAGUUCCUUUAUGAAGUGUACCGACGCUACAAUAACAUCCCCUUCCACAACUUCAAACACUGCUUCUGCGUCACUCAGAUGAUGUAUGGACUGAUAUGGCUAACAGAUCUCAGAAGCGAGAUGGACAGUAUUGACCUCCUCAUCAUGCUAACCUCAGCCGUCUGUCACGAUCUAGAUCACACCGGCUACAACAAUGCAUACCAGAUUAACGCACGCACUGAGCUCGCCUUGAGGUACAAUGACAUCUCCCCACUGGAAAAUCACCACUGCGCUGUAGCUUUUGAAAUCUUGGAAAAGACUGAAAGCAACAUUUUCCGAAACUUGUCGACAGAGCAAUUCAAAAGAAUCAGAGAGGGCAUAAUUAAGUGUAUUCUUGCCACUGAUAUGACCAGACAUACUGAGAUCCUCAACAAGUUCAAAGCCAUUCUCCCUGUGUUUGACUUCAGCAACAAAGAUCACAGAGAUGUGUUGAUGAUGAUCAUGAUUAAAGUAAGUGACAUCUCCAAUGAGGCGAGACCCAUGGAUGUGGCAGAACCGUGGCUGGACUGUCUGCUGCAGGAGUUCUUUAAUCAGCAACACAUCAUUGACCCUGUGCAGAAAGCCCUGGAUUAUUACACAGAGAUGGAGAAAGCUCUGGAGAGGGAGAAACAGAACUGGGCCCAGAGUGAGAAGAUGGUCAAGCCCAGCAACUUAAAAGAGCCAGAAGCUCAUCCAGAACCUGGUGGAAUGACAAAACCAGUCAACCUAUAAUCUAACCUC